AAACCAUAUUCCUGUCUGUCCUGUCCAGGUGUACUGAUGUGGCGAGGCUUCCCCUUGCAGCAGUUCAUGAACCAGUGCUACGGCAACGACAAGGACUGGGGCAAAGGCCGGCAGAUGCCCGUCCACUACGGGUCAAAGGAGCACAACUUUGUUACCAUCUCCUCCACCCUGGCCACACAGAUGCCCCAAGCGGCGGGCUCUGCGUACGCGUACAAGAUGAAGCAGAACGGCUUGUGUGUGGUCUGCUACUUCGGCGAGGGGGCGGCGUCUGAGGGUGACGCCCACGCGGCCUUCAACUUUGCCGGUGUACUCAACUGCCCCGUCAUCUUCUUCUGCCGAAACAACGGAUAUGCUAUCUCCACGCCGACCAAGGACCAGUACAGAGGGGACGGCAUCGCAUCCCGCGCGUCGGGCUACGGCAUGCCCACCAUCCGCGUGGACGGGAACGACGUGUUUGCCGUGUACAACGCCACAAAACUGUCUCGGGAGAUCUGUGUGUCGCAGUUCCGGCCCGUCCUCAUCGAGGCCAUGACCUACAGGUGA